CAUAGCAAUUCGUUGUGCAGGUACAUACAGAUGGAACCUUGUUCGGUUCUCCUAGGACCGUAAAUCGGUAAUAUAUAUUUGUACAUUUGUUUUACAAGCAUUGUUAUUUCAAAGUGGAUGGAGUAACCUGUCAGUUACUUGCUUCAACAACCAUUUAAUAUUACCAGAUUUUCUGUCUAAGAUUCAAUUGACUUGCGUCUCUAACGGCCACUACCAUGAAACCUGGAGGUGGUACGAAAGUUUCUGGCGCCAAAACUGUUGCCUCUGAGGAUAAGGUCAGACCAUCUUUACACAUUUUGCAACCAACAGCCACCGACAAAGAAAAUUUAGUUGGUGGUGGGAGGAUGCUUAGAUCUGCUUUGUCCACAAAAGAGGCGCUCAAACCUGAAAUAACAGAAAAACCUAAACAUGAUACUACAAAACGUAAAAAAGUUUCAUUCAAAGAUAAAGCUAUCCAAACUGCAAGAGGAGAUAAGAUUAAGAUAGAAGUAGAAGAUUUGACAUCUGAAGCUGGUCCAAGCGAAAACUAUUGGGAAGUGUUAGCAGAAAGACGGCGUAUAGUUCUUGAAGAUACUUUAGAAGAAAACAAGGUGUUAUCUGAGCGUGUGGAGAAAUUGGAAGAAGAGAAUCGAUUAUAUAAAGAAAUGUUGGACGAGUCCAGAGCACUUAUCGAAGUUUUACAGGAUAUGCUUGGAGAAGACGGAAACGGUAUAAAUAAUUCUCUAGAUGAUAGUGCUCUGUAAUUUAAUGUUUAUAUAACAAGUGCCAAAUGAGGUGCCUUCUGAUUCGAAAUAUAAGUGUCUCCAUAUUGGAGACAAAUACAAUGCUGUUGUCUCUGAUAUGACAAGCAGCAUAAUAAAAAGUCUGAGUAAAUGUUCUUUGAAUGGAAAAUGAUGGAACAUCUAUAUAUUAUUCUAGUUAUAUUUAGUCAUCCAAGUUCAUCCGUAUUCUUGAACAGAGAAAAUAUUCAUUUGGAACUUCCUAUUUGUUUAAAGUAAGACUAUGGCCAUGACCAUAAACACAUUUACCUCAGAAUACUACUUAUAUUUCUACAUAUACAUUUAUAUAUAUGUCUUAAUUACAAUUAAUAAACGGAUUUUCUAAAA